AUGGAGUCCUUCUCUCUGCUCAAGCGUCGCACCACCGACAUUUUGCACAAUGUCUCGCAGAACCUCCCUUCCAUGCCCAUGCCCUCUGUGCCCGCUGUAGGUGGUGCCCCGCGCAGGGACGCCAUCAAGGGCACUUGGGAGCGCAUCGAGGUUCCUCCCGUCCCCCGCUCUUCCCACUCUCUCGACAUCAUCCAAGGCUCCGCCUACAUCUUUGGCGGCGAGAUCGAGCCCCGUGAGCCCGUCGACAACUGCAUGCACGUCAUCAACUUGCCCUGGAGCGGCGCCGGUGCCGAUUACUACAAGAUCAAGCCUGUCGCCGCGAAGCCCGAUGACCGGCCCCAACAGCCAGAGCCCGAAGCUCCCGCAACCACUGAAGCACCUGCCCCGGCACCUGCCCCGGCACCUGCUGAGGCAAAGAAGCCAGAGAAGGAGACAAAAGAAUCUGACGACGAUUCUGACGACGAUUCUGAAGAAGAUUCCGAAGAAGAUUCUGAAGACGAUUCUGAAGAUGAUUCUGAUGACGAGUCUACUGAGGCAGGAGCUGAAAAGCCCCUUGAUGAUGUUCCUCUCGCCUCGCCCGGGCUUCCAGCUGAGAGCAAGGCCAAGGGUAAGCAGCCCGCCGGUCCCGAGCCUCUGGAGCUCGGCGAUGUGCCGGCCCCGCGAGUCGGCCAUGCUACCGCCGUCAUUGGAUCCCGCAUCUUCCUCUUUGGCGGCCGCGGUGGCCCUGACAUGACGCCUCUCGACGAGGCUGGCCGUGUCUGGGUAUUCGACACCCGCUCCAACAAUUGGUCAUAUCUUGACCCAGCUCCCGCUGUCAAGGGCGGCAGCAUCAUUCCCCAUCCCGCUCCUCGAAGCUAUCACACGGCCGCUGCUAUCGACCGCCCCCGAGAUUUCGCUUCCCCACGACCUAAGCAGCCCGAGACAUGGUCGGAGUGGGCUCUAGGCGACACCUCCAAGACUGGUAUCCCUCAGGACCCCAUUGUUGGCAAUGUCGCUGAAGAUGCCGUUGACGAGGAGUCCAACGGUUAUGGUACAUUCUUCGUCCACGCCGGCUGUCUCGCCAAUGGCGAGCGCACCAAUGAUAUCUGGGCCUUCAAUGUCCACGAUCGCACUUGGAGCGAGCUCCCCGCCGCCCCUGGCCCUGCCAGAGGUGGCACUGCCAUCUGCAUCAGCAAGAGCCGUCUCUUCCGCUUCGGUGGCUUCGAUGGUGAGACGGAGCUUGGAGGUCAGCUGGACUUCCUGCAUCUCGAAGUCGAGACCUUUGAUGACAAGGGCUCCAAGGGUGAGGUCUCCGUCCGCGCUCGGGGUGGCUGGCAGACCAUCCUGCAGAGCGACCCCAACUCUGAAACCACAGAGAUCCACGCAGAGCCCUCUCAGGUAUGGCCUGAGCCUCGCAGCGUCGCAUCCUUUGAGGCCAUCACCGUGGGUGGCGGUCGUGAGUACCUCGUCCUGACCAUGGGUGAGCGCGAGCCCAGCUCCGAGGGUCAUGCCGGCGCAGGCAAGUUCCUCGACGACGUCUGGAUGUUCCAGGUUCCUCCUCUGGGCAUGACAGCCGCCAGCGUUACAGCUGCCAUGUGGCAGGCUGUUGGCCGCAAGACUGGUGAGGGCAAGUGGACUCCGGUCGACCUGGAACCCUAUGACGACGACAACAGCGACGAGCUGCCUGAGUCGAGAGGAUGGAUCGCGAGUGCGCCCAUGGGUGACCUCGAGGAGAACGGUAUCCUCAUCUGGGGUGGCGUGGGCGAGGACGGACAGCGACUGGGAGACGGCUGGAUCUUGCGGGUGGGAGAAUAG